UGGUGUCACAGAGCCCCAUAUCGAUCUGCCAGCUACCUGCCGCACGGACACCGCGCCUUUGGAGACUGUCCUCUUUUCCUCUCCUCUCUCUCUCCUCUCCAUGAGUCCUCAGGCAUAGCAAUGAAGUCCCUCGCCGUGUUUAUUAUUUUCUACUGGCUUGGAUUCAUUCGGUGUAAACCCUCGGCGUCCUGUCCGAGGGGACAGUUUCUGCUGAAGAACCAGUGUGUCCUCUGCCAUCCCACCUGCUCUGGCUGCCACGGCCACGAGCUGUUUGAAUGCACUACCUGUGGAGUUGAUGAAGACGGACAGGAACGCUUCCUCCACCAAGGUCGCUGUCGGAUGCACUGCCCGCGGGGAUUUUAUCCUGACAGGGGUCACUACGCCUGCCUGCCCUGCAUAACCAAUUGUGAACUCUGCACCGAUGCCAACAUAUGUGCCAAAUGUCGGGAACAGUACAAACUCCAGAAUGGGGUCUGCCAAGCAGCAUACUGUGGCAUAGGGCAGGUCCAGGAUCCUGACACAGGAGAGUGCUUUGACUGCGAGAUGGGCUGCAAAACAUGUUCCACAGCAGACCCUGAGAUCUGCAACAGCUGUGUGGAAGGAUACUUUCUUUUCAGGCACCAGUGUCGCAGGCACUGCCCUCAGAGCACCUAUGAGGACCGGGACAGGGGUGUGUGUCUGACCUGCCCAACACCAUGCACCGACUGCAGAAGUAACACACAUUGCCUGGCCUGCCAGCAUGGCUACUUCCUCAAUGGUGGUGAGUGCGUCAAACAGUGCCCACAGCAGACCUUUAGUGAAUCCAGUGGAUGGCGCUGCCAAUCCUGCCACAGCUCAUGCCAGACUUGCCAUGGACCGCACUCAACAGACUGUGACUUGUGCCUCGGUGGAAACCCCCCUCUGCAUGGGCAGUGCCCUCUGCUUAACUGCCCACUCGGCCAGUACUUUGAUGGAAAAAAUGGCAGAUGCCACGCUUGUGAUGCGUCCUGUAAGACCUGCUUUGGCCCUCAAGCACUGGAUUGUUCCUCUUGUUUCACAGGGUAUUUCCUGGACCAGGACAGUUCUUGUGUGGAGCACUGUCCACCAGGCUCCUAUGCCAACUCUGCCACUCAGCUGUGUGAGGACUGCUCACCAAACUGUGAGGCCUGCAUGGACACGAGUGAUAACUGUAUUAGCUGCUCCAAAGGCAGCUAUAAACUGUUUCUCCACCAGGGGAGGUGCUGGUCUAAUUGUCCAGAAGGUUUCUUUGAGACAGCAGAGGGGUCAUGUGAAGCCUGCGAUAGCUCCUGUCUAACAUGUGACGGGAACAAGUACCAGUGUCUGUCCUGUGCUAAAGACCACUUCCUGGAGAGUGGCAUGUGUAGACUCAACUGUUCACUGCGGACCUACCCUGCAGAUGAUGGUACCUGCAGACGCUGUCCUCCUCACUGCGAUGUGUGCUCAGACGACAGAACCUGUUUCAAGUGCAGUUUCCUCUACCUGAUGCUGAACGGCGUGUGCAAGGCUAGCUGUCCCCUGGGUUACUACGAGGACAUGGAGGAGGGCCGCUGUGGUCAGUGCCACCCCACCUGUGCCAGCUGCUCAGGGCCGCUGGCACACGACUGUGAAUCCUGCUCUACUUUUGCUCCCAAAUUGUAUCAAGGUGUAUGUUCCAAGGAUUGCCCCACUGGCACUUACUAUAACACUGGAGAUAACGAAUGUCAAGAGUGUCAUCAGACCUGUGCGAGCUGCUCGGGUCCUGAGCCAAACCAGUGCACCCAGUGUGAGAAGGGCCUAGUGCUGGACCCAAACACGUUGUUGUGUGGAGUGAUGGGUGACACAGACUGCCCGCCAAGGACCUACCUGCACGAGGACCAGUUCACCUGCAUGGGCUGCCACCGCCACUGUUACUCCUGUGACGGGCCGGGGCAUGACGAAUGCCAGACCUGUGCUGUACCCAAAUACCUCCACAACAGCACCUGUGUGAGUGAGUGUCCAGCCGGGACGUAUAGCACGAGGCAGGAUGCUGAUGGAACAGUGCUGGGCUUUUGUUCUCCAUGUGACCGUGUCUGUUCCACCUGCUCCGGGGCGUCGCCCAAAGAUUGCCUCACCUGCUCUCCAGGAUACCUGCACCUCCUCCACCUCUGCGUCUCACACUGUCCAACAGGGUACUACAUGGAGGGCUCCCGCUGUGAGAAAUGUGACCAUUCCUGUGAGCUGUGCACUGGACCAGGCCCUAAGUCCUGCAGGGCCUGUCUGCCUCCUCUUCUGGAGCUGCACGGCACCAAGCUGUGUGUUGAGCAUUGUCCAGACCGUUUCUAUCAGCUCAAUCAUGUCUGCAAACAAUGUCACACCAGCUGCCAGACCUGCAAAGAUGCCUCGCCUCAAGGCUGUUUGACGUGUGAUAGGGGUAGCACCCUAAAAGACAACGUCUGUUAUCCGCGUUGUGAGGAGGGGCGUUACUUUUCCGAAGAGGAGACUUGUGAGCCAUGCGACAGCUCAUGUCGACAUUGCACAGGCCCCAGAUCGGACCAGUGUCUGACUUGCCCCCGUGAUUUUGGCCUUCACGCUGUGGAGAACCGCUGUGCCCGCUGCUGCCAGGCUGGAGGAAAUGACACUGACUGCUGUGUUUGUGACACUAAUUCAGCUCUGUGUGUGGAGGCCCCCCAGCCCAAGUCAGAUGACCAGGCAGCAGAUCUCAGUAUAUCACCUGGAGCUCUCAAGCACACCUCAGCUGCCUGGCCUGUCGCCCUGCUGCUGGCGCUGGGGUUGGCUCUGGGUGUGUUUGCUGUGGUCAAGGCCCACGCCAGGAAGAGGCUUUGCUGGAGCCGCAGCUAUGAGAGACUAAGUGGCAGCGCCUCGAGCAGUAUGCCCCAUGGGGUGCCUGAGCCAGACAGUGGUGAUGAGGCGGAUGUGGUGUACACCAGCAGGGGCGGAUCAGUAUAUCGACGCUACAGCUUUAUCCACGAGCAGGACACAGAUGCAGACCAGGAUGUGGAUGAGAGCACUUAUCUCAACCAGUCUUAGUAUCGUAGAUGCAUCUGAGCCAGUAGAGCUUAUAAUAGCUGUAUAGUGGAUGCACAUAGUCCCAAUACCAAGACUGAAAUUAGGGGGAUUCAAAGCAGUUUAGUUGAUUUUUAGGAAUGGAAUGCAUUUGUAUCUGUUGUGUUGCUUUUUGACUUCUGGUGAGAGUUAAUUUUUAUUCCUCAAAGUGCCUUCAUCUGUAUACUACAUGUGAUUAGAGGAGGCAUUUGUGAGUGAAAGAAUGAAAUGAUCAUGUAGAAUGACUUCAUCUGUGUAGUCUGUGUUAUUAGAAGAGGCAUUUGUGAGUGAAACAGUGAAAUGAAGUGAUCAUAUAUAAUGACUGAUAUACAAUACAAUUUAUUGUAAAUAGAAAUGUAACUGCAAUAAAAGCUUAUUUUCUA